GCCCUUUCGCGAGUCCGCGCUUCUUCCCCUCCUCCUCCACCUCCAUUUUGCGAGCUCGAGUCUGUGACUGGAGCCCGAGUCACCGCCUGCCCGUCGGGGACGGAUUCUAGUGGGUGGAAAAGACGCUGCAGCCCGAGUGGCCGAAGUGGAGGGGCGCGGGGACAGGGACAUGCGCCCGGGUGCCCCGACCCGCGGAGACUGGAGAGGGUCAGGGGGCUGUCUUGUCAGCCAGGGAAAGGGAGACUUUCUUAAAUAGGGGUUCUCCCCUCCCCCCCAUGGAGAAGGGGGCAGCUGUUUACUUCCUUUUUUUAGAAAAAAAUAUUUCCCUCCUCCUCCUCUUGCUUUCAUACGCUAAGUUGUUUAUAUCGGCUGCGGUGGGAGCUGCGGACGGUGGCGGGUGAAGCGGAGCCUUUGAGAGAGCUGAUAGUCACUGAUGGACUCCAAAGAAUCAUUAAACCCCCCCAGUAGAGAAGAAACCCCCAGCAAUGUGCUUGGUCGGGAAAGAGGAAAUGUGAUGGACUUCUAUAAAACCCUAAGGGGAGGAGCUACUGUGAGGGUUCCUGCAUCUUCACCCUCACUGGCUGCUGCUUCACAAUCAGACUCCAAGCAGCAUAGACCUUUGGUUGAUUUUCCAAAAGGCUCAGUAAGCAAUGUGCAGCAGCCAGAUCUGUCCAAAGCAGUUUCACUCUCAAUGGGAUUGUAUAUGGGAGAGACAGAAACAAAAGUGAUGGGAAAUGACUUGGGAUUCCCACAGCAGGGCCAAAUCAGCCUUUCCUCUGGGGAAACGGACUUUCAGCUUCUGGAAGAAAGCAUCGCGAACCUCAAUAAAUCGACCAGUGUUCCAGAGAACCCCAAGAGUUCAGCAUCUGCUGCUGUUUCUGCUGCCCCCACAGAAAAGGAGUUUCCAAAACCUCACUCUGAUGUGUCUUCAGCACAGCAAAAUUUGAAGGGCCAGGCUGGCACCAAUGGUGGCAAUGUGAAGUUGUAUACCACAGACCAAAGCACCUUUGACAUUUUGCAGGAUUUGGAGUUUUCUUCUGGGUCCCCAGGUAAAGAGACAAACGAGAGCCCUUGGAGAUCAGACCUUUUAAUAGAUGAAAACUAUUUGCUUUCUCCUUUGGCAGCAGAGGAUGAUCCAUUCCUUUUAGAAGGAAACUCGAAUGAGGACUGCAAGCCUCUCGUUUUACCGGAUACUAAACCUAAAAUUAAGGACAAUGGAGAUCUCACCUUAUCCAGUCCCAACAGCGUGCCACUGCCCCAAGUGAAAACAGAAAAGGAAGAUUUCAUUGAACUCUGUACUCCUGGGGUAAUUAAGCAGGAGAAACUGGGCCCAGUUUACUGUCAGUCAACCUUUUCUGGAGCAAAUAUAAUCGGUAAUAAAACAUCUGCCAUUUCUGUUCAUGGUGUGAGUACUUCUGGUGGACAGAUGUACCACUAUGACAUGAAUACAGCAUCCCUUUCUCAACAGCAGGAUCAGAAACCUAUUUUUAAUGUCAUUCCACCAAUUCCUGUUGGUUCAGAAAAUUGGAAUAGGUGCCAAGGAUCUGGAGAUGACAGCCUACCUUCCUUGGGGACUUUGAACUUCCCUGGUCGAUCACUUUUUUCUAAUGGCUAUUCAAGCCCUGGAAUGAGACCAGAUGUAAGCUCUCCUCCAUCCAGCUCCUCAGCAGCAAUGGGACCACCACCCAAACUUUGCCUGGUGUGCUCUGAUGAAGCUUCUGGAUGUCAUUAUGGGGUCCUGACUUGUGGAAGUUGUAAAGUGUUCUUCAAAAGAGCAGUGGAAGGACAGCACAAUUAUCUCUGUGCUGGAAGAAAUGACUGUAUCAUCGAUAAAAUUCGAAGAAAAAACUGCCCAGCAUGCCGCUAUAGAAAAUGUCUUCAAGCUGGAAUGAACCUAGAAGCUCGAAAAACAAAGAAAAAAAUAAAAGGAAUUCAGCAAGCCACUACAGGAGUCUCACAAGAAACUUCUGAAAAUCCUGUUAACAAAACAAUAGUUCCUGCAACAUUACCACAACUCACCCCUACUCUAGUGUCACUACUGGAGGUCAUUGAACCUGAGGUGUUAUAUUCGGGAUAUGAUAGCUCUGUUCCAGAUUCGACUUGGCGGAUCAUGACUACACUCAACAUGUUAGGCGGUCGCCAAGUAAUUGCAGCAGUGAAAUGGGCAAAGGCAAUACCAGGAUUCAGGAACUUACACCUGGAUGACCAAAUGACCCUGCUUCAGUACUCAUGGAUGUUCCUCAUGGCAUUUGCCCUGGGAUGGAGAUCAUAUAGACACUCAAGUGGCAACAUGCUGUGUUUUGCUCCGGAUCUGAUUAUUAAUGAGCAGAGAAUGACUCUACCCUGCAUGUAUGACCAAUGUAAACAUAUGCUCUAUGUUUCCAGUGAGUUGCAGAGACUUCAGGUAUCUUAUGAAGAGUAUCUCUGUAUGAAAACUUUACUGCUUCUCUCUUCAGUUCCUAAAGAAGGCUUGAAGAGCCAAGAGCUGUUUGAUGAAAUUAGAAUGACCUAUAUCAAAGAACUUGGAAAAGCCAUUGUCAAACGGGAAGGAAACUCCAGUCAGAACUGGCAGCGAUUUUAUCAACUGACAAAGCUCUUGGACUCCAUGCAUGAUGUGGUUGAAAACCUCCUUAACUAUUGCUUCCAAACAUUUUUGGAUAAGACCAUGAGUAUUGAAUUCCCAGAGAUGUUAGCUGAAAUCAUCACCAAUCAGAUAUCAAAAUAUUCAAAUGGAAAUAUCAAAAAACUUCUGUUUCAUCAAAAGUGACUGCCUUAAUAAGAAAGGUUGCCUUAAGAAAGUUGAAUUUAUAGCUUUUAUUGUACAAGCUAUCAAUUUGUCCUAUAGUGGGUUUUUUUUUUCCUUUUUCGUUUUUUGUCAUUUUGUUUGUUUUAAAUACGCACUACAUGUGGUUUAUAGAGGGCCAAGAUGUGGCAACAGAAGCAGUUGAGUCAUCACUUUCCAGUGAUGGGAAAAAUAGGAAGUGGAAUUCAUGAAUUGGUGUAGCCCAGAAAUUAGAAAUAAUCAUGUAGGGUAGUUUCCAGUGUCAGAAAGAUGGCACCUGAACCACCAGUGCCCCAGGUCUGUACGACAGACUUUCUGCUCAUACUUUUCACAGUUGGCUAGAUAAAAAUUUCUGUUUGUUGGUAUAUUUUCCCUAUAUAGUUAAGGUAGCAAUUUUUGAUUUCUGCAUGGAAACCUGGAAAAAGUUUACAAGUGUAUAUCAGAAAAGGGAAGUUGUGCCUUUUAUAGCUAUUACUGUCUGGUUUUAACAAUUUCCUUUAUAUUCAGUGAACUACGCUUGCUCAUUUUUUUCUUACAUAAUUUUUGUAUUCAAGUUGUCUGUUGUACAGCUGUUUAAGAUGGGCAGCUAGUGCAUAGCUUUCCUAAAUAAACUCUAAACAUUAAUCUUCUGUGUGAAAAUGGGUUGGUGCUUCUAACCUGAUGGCACUUAGCUGUCAGACCACAAAAAUUGACUCAAAUCUCCAGUAUUCUUGUCAAAAAAAA